GAGUCGAGAGAAUAUGGAGAGUUCUCUUGUGCUUUGGUUGAUGCUAAUUGCAACGUUGGCCAUCUUUCAUAGUGUUCAAUCUCAAGACCAACAAGGGUUCAUCAGUUUGGAUUGUGGGCUGCCUGCGAACGAACAGUCUCCUUAUAUUGAGACUAACACGGGACUGAACUUCUCCUCGGACGCAACAUUCAUCCAGGGUGGGAAAACUGGUAAGAUUCAGGCAAGUUCGGUGGGUAGAUUAAUGAAGCCAUACACAACGGUGAGAUAUUUUCCAGAUGGAACACGGAACUGCUACAGUCUGAACGUGCAGUCAUGGCGUCGACAUUUGAUCAGAGCAACAUUUACUUAUGGAAAUUACGAUGGUCUUAACAUUCAACCAGUGUUCGAUCUUUAUCUUGGACCUAAUCGAUGGGCGACAAUAGAUUUAGAAACGAUGGUGAAUGGUUCACUGGUAGAAAUCUUACACAAGCCAACAUCAAACUCGUUGCAGGUUUGUCUUGUUAAGACUGGCAAAACUAUACCGCUAAUUUCGACUUUGGAACUACGUCCAGUGGAAAAUGGCUGUUAUAUAUCUAAUUCUAGCUCCCUGAAUCUACACCACCGGAGUAAUCUUAUAAAGUCAGGAUCUAAUCUAAGGUACUCUAACGAUACCUAUGAUCGGGUUUGGGAAUCGUACUUUAAGAUGGAAUGGAACCAAAUUUCCACCACUCUUGACGUGGAUAAUAGCAACAAAUAUGAACCACCGAAAGAUGCACUAAAAGUUUCUGCCACACCUACUAAUGCCAGUGCGCCAUUGACGAUUGAGUGGAGUUCAGCAAAUCCUGAUGCCCAAUAUUACUUGUACGCACACUUUGCUGAGAUCCAAGACUUGCAGGCAAAUCAAACCAGGGAAUUCAACAGUUUUUGGAAUGGAGAACUUUAUCAUGGCCCUUUAACUCCUCCAAAAUUAAGUGUAACUACUCUCUUUAGCAAGUCACCGAGAACUUGCGAUGGAGGGAAAUGCAGUGUUCAGCUGAUACGAACCAACAUAUCAACUCUUCCACCUCUACUUAAUGCUUAUGAAGUCUACACCGUCAUUAAGUUUCCACAGUCGGAAACAGAGGAAACCGACGUGAGUGCCAUAAGAAGCAUUGCCGCCAGCUAUGCAUUAAGUAGAAUCAACUGGCAAGGUGAUCCAUGCGUCCCUCAGAGGCUUAGGUGGGACGGUUUAAACUGCACCAACACGGUUGUCUCGAUCCCACCAAGAAUCACUACUUUAAACUUGUCUUCAAGUGGUUUAACUGGAACCAUAGCAGCUGCCAUUCAGAGUCUUACGCAACUAGAAAUACUGGACUUGUCGAAUAAUAACUUGACUGGAGAAGUGCCGGAGUUUCUAGGCAACAUGCAAUCGUUGUUGGUCAUAAAUCUACGCGGGAACAAUCUUAAUGGCUCACUUCCUCAAGCCUUACAAAGGAAAGGACUAGAGCUAUUUGUCAAAGGAAACCCAGGGCUUCGUGUGUCCGAUUCAAGUAGAAAACAGCUUAAGAAUAAAGUUUCUGUGCCCAUUGUUGCAUCAGUUGCUUCUGCAGCCGUUGUCAUUACUGUAUUGGUUCUUUUUCUUGUAUUCAGAAAGAAAAGAUCAAAGACUGUAGAAGAUCUACCUCCGCCACAAAGUACGCCAACAGUGAAUGAUACAUUUGCUAAUAAUAACAGCAGAAAGUUCACAUAUUCAGAGGUCAUCAAAAUGACAAAUAACUUCCAAAGAGUUUUAGGUAAAGGAGGGUUCGGCAUGGUGUAUCACGGCUCUAUUAAUGGUUCUGAACAAGUGGCCGUUAAACUACUCUCUCAAUCUUCAACUCAAGGCUAUAAAGAAUUCAAAGCAGAGGUUGAUCUUCUUUUAAGAGUUCACCAUACAAAUUUGGUGAGCCUCGUCGGGUAUUGCUUUGAAGGACAUCACUUGGCCCUCAUCUAUGAGUUUAUGCCCAAUGGAGACUUGAAACAACAUUUGUCAGGAAAUGAAGGUAGAUCCAUCAUCAACUGGAGAAUUCGACUUCAGAUAGCUUUGGAGGCAGCACUAGGACUGGAGUACUUACAUACUGGAUGCACACCGCCGAUGGUUCAUAGAGAUGUCAAAACUGCAAACAUAUUGUUGGACGAGAGUUUCAAGGCAAAACUCGCUGAUUUUGGGCUCUCAAGAUCUUUUCAAGGUGGUAACGAGUCUCAUGAAUUAACAGUGAUUGCUGGUACUCAUGGAUACCUUGAUCCUGAAUAUGUUUGUACACGUAGGUUGGCUGAGAAGAGUGAUGUCUAUGGUUACGGGGUCGUGUUAUUGGAGAUGAUCACAAACCAACCUGUGAUCUCUGAAAAGUGUCACAUAACAGAAUGGGUUGGCUCUACGCUUAAGAGAGGUGAUAUAACUAAUAUCAUGGAUCCAAACCUUGGUGGGGCUUAUGACUCUAACUCUGCGUGGAGAGCUGUUGAGCUGGCAAUGGCAUGCGCUGAUCCUUUUUCCUCAAAACGACCAACCAUGUCUCAGGUUAUUAGCGAGCUAAAAGAUUGUAUUGUGUGUGAAAACUCGAGGAUAAAUAACAAUGGAGGCCUAGAACCUCAACAAAUGAGCAUUGUCUUGGAUACUUCGGUGGGUCCUGGAGCAAGAUAGUUUUGAUGUUGUCUACCUGUCGUACCAGUAUGGAAUUAACAAAUCAAUUAGUCAUUUGACUUUGAGAAAUUGACAAAUCUCAUAUUCUAUGUUCUUUGGUGAUUUUUGAUUUCGUCGUGCCUUGAGUACAUGUCAAUUUGUCUUAAGAGUACUGCUUGCGAGUUACCUAGACUCAAGUUCCUGAGAGAAUUUGAACUUCUAAGUAUGCAGGGCCGUCUUUUAGCACGUG